AUGGUAUACACCCUUAGUCCUUUGAUUAAGUACUUUGGAGUCCUAGGACUGGUGCCGUGGGCCGAGCAACCUUCUCGGCAACUGGCGCAGAAGUUGUACACUUUUGCAAUUGUUUUGGUGCAAAUAUUAUCUUAUGCUCUGGCCAUGUCGGCGCCGCUGAAAGAUUUGGAUCUGCCUGUCUCGCAACUGGUCAGUGAUAUAGUGUUCACUGCCCAUAUGGUCACCACUUCGGUAAUAUUGCUUCAAGCCAUGUUUCAAUACGAGGAGUUUUACGACUUUUGUAUGGAACUUAAAAGCCUGAACUUGCGCUUUCAACGCGAAGUCAAAGUGCCAGCAAACAGUUUACCCAGAAUGCGCUCUUUAAAACUACUUUUUCUGGGCUCGGCCAGCAUUUUCACGCUGAUCCCAGGGAUAUACAUGGGAAUAAUCACCAACAGUUAUGUGGGUUACUUCUUGUAUUCCCUAGGAUCGGUGCUAAUCAACCGAUGUCAGACCGUUCUACUCUUGAUCAAUGCCGAGCUGUUGACCUUCCAUGCCGAACUGUUGUGCCAGCAGCUGCAGCAGAUACUCAGCUGUCGCCAGAUGAGAUACAACUGCAUCCUGGAAGGGGAUUGUCAACGACUCACUUCCGUUGAGUUGCUGCUGAGUCUAAAGCAGGCGUACAUGGAGCUAUACGGCCUUUACAACCGAUUUAAUGCUCUAUAUGGAUGGUCGAUGCUGUUCAUAUUCGUAGUCAUGUUCUUGGACUCUACAGUUAAUAUUUAUUGGACACUCUUGUCUCUUUCCGAUGCCUACAGCUAUGUCUAUAUAGGAAUAAGCUGUGCCAGCUUUAUGCCACAGCUCGCGCUGAUGCUUGCUCUUUGCAGCAGUGGAGAGUUCUGUAAGCGACAGCAUGAGCUGAUUGGAAGCCAGAUACGUGGUGUGUCCUGCGCUUUGCAGGUGCAAAAACAGUCCGUGCAUCAGGGUUACAGUGCUCUGGUGGUCGAAUUCUCAAUGCAGGUGGAACAGGAUCCCUUAGUCAUCAAUGCCGAAGGUUUUAUGGACAUUGACUAUGGUCUGCUCAUGUCGAUUUUCACUGCAAUGGUGACCUAUCUGAUCGUCUUGAUGCAAUUUGGGACCUUCUGAACAGUUAUUUAAAAAUUUAACAACGACCUCACCGAAACCCCAACAAUCGCCAACUAUAUAUGA